UCAAGGAAGGGUUCCGUCACCAACUUCAGUGAGAUCACUGGUGUCCUGUGAAGCAAUCACCCCCGGUGGUCUACGAUUGAAGAUGCUGAGACAGUUGAUGUACAUCAAUAUUGCCAUCCUCAUCCUUUCUGCCACAUUACUGCUCUGGAUGUACAAGCCGUUGCAGGACAGCUUAAAGCACUGGACGUCACCAGAAGACACACUUCUACUAUCUACACCCCAGAAAAAUUAUUUGGAUCACAUGGAUAAGCUACUGAAUGUUUCUGCUUCUCUGGGACGAGCUUCGUCUUUCGUGACAGUCAGUCAGACAAAAACACUGCUUAUAUCAGCUUAUCUGGAGCACCGCACUGAAGAAAAAGAGGUUCGUGUGAUUUCAGUGGUGCUGCGGAGCCAAGCAGUAACCUAUAUCUGCAUCUUACUCUGCCAGGGGCUGCGGUACAUCUCUGAGGGUGUCAGCCACAUCCAUAGUGAUCACUUUGGCUUUCCCUACGGGACCGCCGACAUCAUGUGUCCCCUCCCGUUGGGCUGCCAGACACCAUCUCAUAUAGCUGUGACCACUGUUGUACCCAAAGAUGAAGAUAAACUUGAGUUUCUGGAAAUUCAAAACCAACAUCCCAAGAGUGAUUCCUUUCCUUAUAACUUCACUGUCUGUCUCUCCACCAUGUAUGAUUUCACCAACGUGCUUCAGCUGGUACAGAGUUUAGAAAUGUUUCAGUUACUGGGAGUCGACAAGGUGGUCGUCUAUAAGACCAACUGCAGCGCUGAGACGCAGCUUAUACUGGACUACUACACACACAAAGGUUUACUGGAAGUGAUUCCUUGGUCUCUAUCCAGGUUUUUUAAAGUGUCUCGCGGCUGGUUGCCUGAACACGGUCCUGGGGAACUUCACUACUUCGGCCAGAUUCCUGCUCUCACUGACUGCCUUUACAGAUACAUGUACCGGUCCAAAUAUGUGGCCAUGCAGGACAUUGAUGAACUCAUUCUGCCUCAAUCAGUCAACAGCUGGUUGGAGGUGUUACCGCUGCUGGAGAAGAAGUACGGUGUUGACAUGUGUUACGCGUUUGAGAAUAACUUGUUUCCGGUCUCACCAACACUGCCUGCACAAGGCUGCUGGGAAAACAUACCCGGGGUGAACAUCCUGGCUCACCUGCACCAGGAGCCUGUCGAUUCUAAGAUUCGGUUUGAGAACUACAAGAUUAUCGUCAGCCCCCGAGCUGUGUUCACCCCGACCGUUCAUGGGGUGCUAAGCUCAAUGAAAGGCUGUACUUUGGUUGAUAGGAACAUAGCACGGAUAUGCCACUCAAGAAUCCAGUCAGAAACAUGGGUGAGACCUGACCACCUGAUUUAUGAUGGCCGGCUACUGAGUUACAGCAAACCCCUUGUACCAGCUGUUAAUACGGUGCUGAAAGAAAGUGGAAUUCUACCAAAGAACAGCAAAUGCUAGGCUUUUUGUGUGUUUACCCAACUGUACUUCAACAAUUAUUAGUCUUUGUUUUGAACUGCCGCUGCUGGUCUUCUGGUUAGGUUUUCUUGUUUUCUUGUUUUCUUGUGUUUUUAGUAUUUUAUUGUUUUAUCAUUUUAUUGCUAUUGUUUCUGUUUUUUCUUUGCAUUUUAUGUGGCUUUUAGAUUAAUAUCUUCUAUGCUGGGUUCAAGAAUUUGUCCAACUGACGUGUUAAAGUGCUCUAUAAAUAAAGUUUUGAGUUGAUCUAA